AUGCCGAAGUCAAAACGCCAAAAGCUCGUGUCCCUCACGAAGGUCGCGAAAAAGACCAAGGAGCACAAGAGCGCGCAGAUCACCGAGCUGCAAGAAAAUGUGGACAAGUGGGAAUAUGUCUGGCUGUUUGAGGUUGGCAACAUGCGCAAUGCGCAUCUUAAGACCGUGAGGAGGUACUGGAAAGACUCUGCACGAUUGUUCUUUGGACGCGGCGCUGUUAUGGCGAAAGCGCUGGGUACGACGCCCGAGGAGGAGCACGCGCCCGGUCUCUCUGCACUCGCAUCUCGCAUAAAAGGCCAGAUGGGCCUCCUCUUCACCGACUCCCCUCCCGAAGAAGUAAUCGAAUGGUUCAAAGACUUCCACGCCCCCGACUUCGCGCGCGCCGGCAACAUCGCCCCCACAACCAUCACCCUCCCCGCCGGCCCCGUCCUGCAACACCACUCCACACCGCCCGAACCCCUCCCGCACAACGAAGAGCCCCAACUCCGGCGCCUCGGCCUCACAACGCGCAUGAAUCGCGGUGUACCCACAUUAGACGUACCGCAUACGGUCGUGGAGAAGGGCAAGGCCAUCACGCCCGAGCAGGCGCAGUUGCUCAAGUUGACUGGGCGGAAGACGGUCGAGUUUAGGGUCGCGCUGAGGGCGAGGUGGGAGAAGAGUAAGGGGGAGAUUGUCGAGGUUGAUGAGCCCGAGUUUAGGCUUGAUGAGGGCGCUGUUGCGGCUGGUGAUGGCGAGGAGGAGGCGGACGAGGCUAUGAGCGAUUAG